UAGCAAUUGAAAUGAGGUCCCUCUCCAUCUUCCUCCUGAUCGCCCUUUCCUCCUCCCUCGCCAACGCCGCCAUCUUCACCGUCCGCAACAACUGCCCCUACACCGUCUGGGCUGCGGCCUCCCCAGGCGGCGGCCGCCAGCUCAACCGCGGCCAAACCUGGACCCUCAACAUAGCCGCCGGCACAGCGGGCGCCAGAAUAUGGGCCAGGACGGGAUGCUCCUUCGACAGAUCGGGGCGCGGCCGGUGCCAGACCGGCGACUGCGGCGGGCUGCUGGAGUGCAGAGGCUACGGCUUGCCCCCAAACACGCUUGCAGAGUACGCGCUGAACCAGUUCAACAACCUUGAUUUCUUCGACAUCUCAUUGGUCGACGGAUUCAACGUGCCCAUGGAAUUCAGCCCUAACUCCGGCGGUUGCAGCCGCGGGAUUCGGUGCACGGCCGAUAUCAACGGGCAGUGCCCCAACCAGCUGCGGGCGCCGGGAGGGUGCAACAACCCAUGCACGGUGUACAGGACCAAUCAGUACUGCUGCAACACAGGGCCGUGUGGGCCCACCGAUCUCUCGAGGUUCUUCAAGCAGAGGUGCCCCGAUGCAUACAGCUACCCGAAGGAUGACCCCACAAGCACCUUCACCUGCCCCGGUGGGACUAACUAUAGGGUCGUCUUCUGCCCCUGAGCUGAGCAUGAGCAUGAGCAUGAGCCUCACAAACUAUGUAUCCAUACAUGUUUAAUAAAUUUCCUCGUGGAAUUAAUAAAUCAAACAUGCUAGAUGUCAUGUUUUUUGAUGUAAUUACUUUUUGUUGGGUUGCCUUUCUUUUCCUUAAAAGUUCGGCUCGUUUCCAUAAUGCAAAGAUAAGAUAACACUUAAUCUCA